AUGACCACCGACAAGAUCACCUUCUUGACCAAUUGGCACGCUACCCCAUACCAUGCUCCAUUGUAUCUCGCCCAAGCCAAAGGAUACUUCAAGAAUGAAGGGAUCAAUGUAGCAAUUCUGGAGCCAAACGACCCUAGUGAUGUCACCGAGAUCAUUGGAUCUGGCAAAGUCGAUAUGGGCUUCAAAGCCAUGAUCCACACUCUUGCUGCUAAAGCCCGUGGCUUUCCCGUCAUUAGCGUUGGAUCUCUUCUCGACGAGCCCUUCACGGGCGUCGUCUAUCUUAAAGAGAGCAACAUCACCUCUGACUUCCGCACUUUGGAGGGCAAACGUAUCGGCUAUGUUGGAGAGUUCGGAAAGAUACAAAUCGACGAACUCACCUCUCACUAUGGCAUGACACCCGAUUCCUAUACCGCAAUUCGCUGCGGUAUGAAUGUCUCCCAAGCCCUCAUUGACGGCACCAUCGACGCAGGAAUUGGCCUCGAGAACGUGCAGAUGGUAGAGCUUGAGGAAUGGCUCGCGGUGCAAGGCCGUCCGAAGAGUGAUGUGCAAAUGCUUCGUAUCGACGAACUAGCCGAACUCGGCUGCUGCUGCUUUUGCUCUAUCCUGUACAUCGGGAAUGAGAAAUUCGUCGCCGAGAACCAUGAAAAAGUUCGUGCCUUCAUGCGAGCCGUCAAGCUAGCCACGGACGAGUUGUUGGCAGAUCCAGAGAAAGCAUGGAAGGAGUACGUCAAUUUUAAAUCUGUCAUGGGUACCGAGUUGAACUACAAGAUCUUCGAGCGUAGCUUCGCUUACUUCUCGAGCGACCUAAAGAAUGUUGCCCGUGACUGGGCCAAAGUCACCAAUUACGGAAAACGACUCGGGGUCCUCAACGAGGACUUUAAGCCAAAUUACACGAACGACUUCCUGGACUGGGCCUUACAUGGUGAGUCUGGUAAUCCGACAGGCGAUCAGAAGAGGAUGGUCGAGUUGCAGAAGGAUGUCGCUGCUUGUGGAGGGUUCCGUAGAUUGAAGCUUGAGCUCGCCACCGCCAAGGCCUAG